AUGUCACUACGAUUAUUGUCUCGCGCACCACGACUUUAUCGACCACGAACAGCAUUUGCCAUCCGACCAUUGGCCACUGUAAAUAAUAACGCCUCCUCCCCUUCCUCUUCCACACCUGCUAGCGCUGGCGCUGGUACCGAAGCAGCAGCAGCUAUCUCUAACCCGAUACUCGGCACACCACCAAAAGAAGAGCCAGCAGCAGAUACGAUUGUCAAAAAAGAAGAAGAGGGUGACAACAAAAACAAAAAAGAAGGGGUAGCAGCACCGAAUGACAAAAACGGAUAUGAACAUGGUGCCUAUCUUUGGACAUUAGAACGUGUAGGAGCCGUUGGUUUGAUCCCACUCUUCACUACACAGGCUAUCUAUGGCGCCCACCCAAUCUGUGAUGGCUUAUUAGGUGUCAUCUUGCCUUUCCACUUGUACCUCGGCAUGGAAUCUUGUAUCAUCGACUAUGUGCCGAAACGCGAGUAUCCACGCAUGCACCGGGCUGCCAAUUGGGCAUUGAUGGGAACGACGGGUCUGGUGAUGUGGGGUUGCUUUGAAUUUAAUACCAAUGAGAUCGGAUUGACCGAACUAAUCCAGCGAUGCUGGACUGCUUAA